UAAUGUUAGAAUAAUGUUAAAAUAACGUUAGAAUAAUGUUAGAAUAAUGUUAAAAUAACGUUAGAAUAAUGUUAAAAUAACAUUAAAAUAACGUUAGAAUAAUGUUAAAAUAACGUUAGAAUAAUGUUAGAAUAAUGUUAAAAUGAGGUUUAAAUAACGUUAGAAUAAUGUUAGAAUAAUGUUAAAAUAACGUUAGAAUAAUGUUAAAAUAACGUUUAAAUAACAUUAGAAUAAUGUUAGAAUAACAUUAGGGGAACAUUAAAAUAACGUUAGAAUAAUGUUAAAAUAACGUUUGAAUUACGUUAGAAUAAUGUUAGAAUAACAUUAAGGGAACGUUAAAAUAACAUUAGGGGAACAUUAAAAUAACGGUAGAAUAAUGUUAAAAUAACUUUAGAAUAAUGUUAGAACAACGUUAAAAUAACGUUAGAAUAAUGUUAGAAUAACAUUAGGGGAACGUUAGAAUAACAUUAAGGGGAACAUUAAAAUAACGUUAGAAUAAUGUUUGGGGAACGUUAGAAUAACGUUAAGGGAACGUUAACAUAACAUUAGGGGAACAUUAUUAUAUAUACAGCAAAUAUACAGCUGUCGAAAUCCGAACGUGCCAUGCCUACUGUGUUCACGCCUUUUACACGGUUUUGACCAGCGGAUGUCGCUAGCGUUCCACUCCCUUCUGGUCCGCAUGCUUAGAAAUAAUACGAGAGACGUAUUAUGAGGAACUAAGGCAUUAUUAUGAGAAAAGGUCAAAAUUACGAGAAAGUUUCUCAUUAUUAUUAUCAUAUUUUUUUUUACUCAAGUGUGGUACCCAAGCUGCACACAAGAAAGUCUCCUCUUCCGCCUCAAAACUCCGCCCACACGCCACUUGAUUGACAAGCCUCAUUUGAAUUUGAUUUAACGUUUGCUGUGUCAGUUUGAGCAUUUGAUGUGCCGUUAGCAAUGUCGGUUUGAACAUUUGAUUUUUUAUUUGCGAUGUCGGUUUGAGCGUUUGAUUUAUAAUUUGAGCAUUGAAAUAUAGAUUUAAUUAUGACAGAUUUACUGGGUUGAUAAUGAAAAUUAAAAAUCAAAUACAAAUUAGUUUUAAUUUGAUUUUUGAUACAGUUCAUGCUUCCCCGAAUCAGGAAAUGAAAUUGCAUUUGAGCAUUUGAUUUUUGAGCAGCCGUCUGAGAGUUUGAUUUAUUAUGUAAUAAUUUGAGCAUUUGAUUUAUUUGAGCAGCUGUUUUGAAACUUUGAUUUAUUAUUUGAUCUUUUUAAGCAUUUGAAUUUGAAUUUUGUUAGGAAAAAACCAUACAUGAGUGUCCAAAUGAAGUUAUGUUUUAUGUUUUAGCGCCGUCUGUUGUUAGACAGAUUUUACUACACGAUCGUUAACUAAUGAUGAUCGUCAAAGCUCUUACAUUAAACAAGUCCGUCUGAACUUGUUGAAUACAAAGUGUUAAGAAUAAGGCACUAUCCUGUGAAGAUAAUAGCCUACUGUCCAGGUCAUCAAAAAAAAGAAUGAAUAUUUCGCAAAACAAACAACAAAAAACAAAACAGUGGUCACACUAUACGGUAUUUUGGUGAGAAGAUGAGAAGAUGACUAAUUCGGUAAAUAGAUACUGAGCCUAGUCCAGUGAGGACAGUACCCUGGAAACUGGAGACGGCGCAACUCCUCCUAGUUGUGUUGCUUAGUUCCAGCUAAUCAGAAGGCUCCAAAGCGCACCUCGCGCUCUUCACUACAUCACCCGCUGCGUUAUUUACGUAGAGCAGAACGAGUUCACUCUGAAGUCCCGUUGCUGAGGUCACAGCUAACGUGGUAAGCAAAAUAUUACUACAUUAAUGUACAAUUAUUAUGAUUAUGUUGAUGACAACCUGGCAAAACAGUUAAGAACAGGUCGCUUUUGUUGUUUAAGAAACUUAAAAUGAAAAUAAAGUGUAAAUACUGUAUUGUUUAUAUGUGUUUAGUAUAUAAUGAGUCUAUCUUCUUGGACUGCGUGAAUGGAUAUUUCGAUAUUAUUUAUCAUUCUAUUUGUAUGUAGGCUAUGUGUGUAAAUAAUGAGAGAGAGAGAGAGAGAGAGAGAGAGUAUUCAUAUAGGUAUUUAUGUCUUGUGUUUCAGGGACAUCACAAUGUCAAAGUCAGAUCCCCCUCCAAGUUACGAAGAGUCAAGACAGCAGCAUGGAAACUAUCCAUACCCUCCCUACGGAUAUCCAGCCCAGCCAGGAGUGUACACGGGCCCAGGACAGCCAGGCAUACACCCCCAGACAGGGCUGUGGCAUGGCCCUGGAUACCCCCCUCCAGCAAUGCCGUCCUUAAUAACACCAGGAAUAUUUUCCUCCAACCUAAGAGACGCAGAGGGCAUCUCAUCGACUGGCAUAUGGGACAGCAUGAGUGUUCGGCAUGCUUUCAUAAGAAAGGUUUAUCUUAUAUUAGCCGCCCAGCUGUUAAUCACUUCUUCAAUCAUUGCGGUGUUUACGUUUGUUGAGCCUGUGCGUCUUUUUGUGAUCCAAAAUCCUGCCAUUUAUUGGGCAUCAUUCCCCGUGUAUCUUGUUACUUACCUUAUGCUGGUUUGCUGUGAGGGGCCGAGGAGACGUCAUCCAUGGAAUUUAAUACUCCUGUUAAUUUUUACCCUUACGUUGUCUUACAUGACAGGAGCAAUAUCAAGUUAUUUUGACACUAAAGCAGUGUUCCUGGCCCUGGGGAUCACAGCAAUAGUGUGCGUAAUCGUCACAGUCUUCUGUUUUCAGACCAAGGUUGACUUCACCUCCUGUACAGGUCUUCUCUGUGCUCUUUGUGUAGUCGUCCUGGUGACUGGCAUCAUCACAUCCAUUGUGCUCUCCUUUCAGUAUGUGCCCUGGCUGCACAUGCUGUAUGGUGCUUGUGGAGCGAUAGUCUUUACCUUGUUUCUGGCCUACCACACACAGUUGCUCAUUGGAAACCGAGCGAACGCCAUCAGCCCUGAGGAAUAUGUCUUCGGAGCUCUUUCCCUCUACGUCGAUAUCGUCCAGAUCUUUAUUUUCCUCCUGCACAUCACAGGGAGCUCUGAGUAAACGCACACAUGCGUUUGAGCGUUUCUGUUUCAGAGACUGACCUUUCUUUGAGCUUAUCUUGACUUUUUCAAUCACAUGAAUCUCAAAUAUCACCUUCAGCACUACUGACUGUUAUUAGAAGUAUUUUGUGUUGUGUUGCAUAAUAGGUUGCUCAUACUUCUACUAGAAUGUCACUCUAUAAUAAGCACUUUAUUUUUGUAACGCUCCAUCUGUUUAUUUGCAUUUUGAAGAGCCUGAGUGUGUACUAAAACAACUCCACUGUGAUUUGAUAAUUGUAUUAUCAAUAUUUAGCCUACAACCUGAAGGGAAAUAAAAUCAAGAGAAACAAU